AUGGAAUCACUAAUAGACAUUGACUCUCCGUCAUCAAAAGACAAGCACCUCACCAAUAAUAACAAGAGCAAACCUUCUUUGGAUCUUCUCCUCGAGGGCUCGGAUAAUGACGAGCUUGCACUUCGAGACUGUCCUGUUCUCACUACCACUACAUCUUUGACAUCUGCACCAUUCCAUUCGAUAAACAAUGGUCCUGAAACAACUGGCUUGCCAACACCGUUGAGUCUUCCCGAACCCGAUCCGAUCCAUGUUCUACGAAAUACAGUAACAGCCACAGACAGUAACACCCGUGGUAGCGAACAAGCGCAGGCAAACUUUAUCAUCUCACAAACUCCCGAGGCAGCUUCCGGAGUAAUUGAGGCUGUGCACAAGGAGCUGUCCCGGGCAAAUGGUGGUCGUGGACUCGAGAUUCGCAAGGCACAGGAAAGCGCAUACUUGCGCAUCGUCGCACCUUCAAAGAACGUCGCUGAAAUGAUUAGCGCGGCUCAAGAUGUGGCCGAUGAACUAAUCUCCAACGAGUCUUCUCGAGCACCAGGCAUUUUUCAAGAGCCUCCAACUAAAGUCGACAAUGCCUGCCGAGUUGUUCUAGAUGUCAAUGAGGAAUCUGGGGAAGUACGACCGAAGCUACAGCAAGGACAAGGAGCCGCUUCUAGCACAGACGUUGCCGAAAAUUUUGAUGAGUACGCGGCGAAGCUAAACGAUCGUGUAUGCGCGGGACUGAAGAAGGCCGGCCGACUCCCUUUAUCAUUGACGCUAAGGGUCCACUUUGGCAACUGUAUGCUAAAAACGUACCCGCAAGGCAAGGAAGUUUAUGAGUACCGUGACUUCUGUGCCAUGAUGAGAAACCCCCGUGCCUCAGCAUGGUUAAAGACAUCGAUUGGCAAUGAAACACUUGCUAAAAGAGUAUUGGACUUUAUCAGAAACGACCCUAGAAGUCCAUUUCUUCCUACUGGUAACCAGUUGGGCUCGCCAGCGAAUGUCUUACCAGAAUACGCCUUUGAGGCAAGAUCGCAACGGACGAAAUUCGACAUGGCCAUCAAAAAGAGAACUAGAGGGAAUACAAGAAAUAGAGCCUCUUUCCAAUCGUACCACAUAACGGCGUGUGGGGUGGACGCCACCUUUGCCGAGCUUGACAUUCUCAACCAAAGCCUAGGAAGAAACCUCGAUUGGAAACUGGAGGCAGUGAAUGAGGAUAAGAGUGCAAAAACCUUUCCGGAAGUUGACAAGUACCUGCGAACAGCCAAUAUCGAGCUAGUGAACCUGGAUCGACCUCACGACCUCGACGUCUACCCACGCGUCAAACUCGAGCCGAUCAACUCGGUCGCGGCAAAGAUCAAAGACGUCGCGGUCAAGACUUUGUAUCGCUUCAGAUGGAAGGAGACGUCAUAUACUAUCGAGGUGGCAGUUAAUCAUCGAUGGAAUAGCAUCGCUGCCAUGACAGCGGAAAGUCUGCCGACCAUUGACGUUGGGGUUAGCGUGUUUGGGCAGGAUUGGGAUUCAGAGGAAGAGUCCGCAGGCAACAUAUGGGGCGACGAACUCCAACAUCUACUCGAAGCCGGGAAUGGUCAUGUGACAUCUACAGGCGUCCAAAGGGUUGACAAUUUCAUACAGGUCAUAAGGGAUAUUCGCAAUACCAUCGAUCCCAUCUUCCAGAACCGAUCGGGCGAAAAUGGGGCCACAGGAUAUUAG